AAAUUCAACUAUUUUCAGACAUUUGCUUCGACAACCAGCAAUACACCACCGCAACCGACACCACUAGCCUAGUAAAGUCAACAAAAAGGUUGACAUCCAGGUCAUCUACCAGGUUGACAUCCACCACAAGUGUCUUGUUAACAAAAACAAGAUUGACAUCUAGAAGGUCUUCUACUAAACUGACAUCCACCACAAGUGCCUUCUCAAAGCCGCUAACUCCCACUAGUGCUUUAGUAACAACACAGCUUACAUAUGCCAUGAUUGGUACAGCUACAGGAUCGGUGACAAUCAUCACUGCAUUGAUAAUUCUGGUGAUAUGUCACAAAUAUAAAUAUAUCAAACUAAAGUCAGUGGCAUUGGGGAACUUUAGAGCUUCGUUCACAUCGACAACAGAAGCUACUCAAACAUUCAAUAUGAGUGAGCUUUCAACAUCAAGAGAAACUUCGCAAUCAUUGAGUCAUUCCUUCAGACCUACCCAUAAUAGUACAAGAAUUUCUGCAGAAAUUCAUGAACAAGUAGGUAAUGAACUUGCAAACAGAACACAGGAACAAGAAUUACCUCAGCAGCUAGAAUUACCUCAGCAGCUAGAAAUUCAAAGUGUAAAUGAAACAAUUUCAGAGGUAGAGGACAGUCCAAUAGCACAUAGACUUCGCUCUCAAACAAAAUAGAUUGAAUAAUGCCCAAGUUUAUUCAGCUCGUAUAUUUUGGAUGUUUACAGGUUCCGUAUAUUUUGGAUGUUUACAGGUUCCGUUGUUAUCAUUCCAUCAUUGAUUAUGAAAAUCCAUGAUAUGUUUGCUAACAUUCCAACAUAAAAUUUUAGGGAAGGAUGAGAAUUGUUCAAUUAUGCUUGCUGCAUUUCAGGUUCAAAUUUAAAGAUUGUUUUUAUAAGAUGUUUUCAUAUCAGCAUGAUAUUACAUGCUUUGUAAGUGUUGUGAAUUUUACAGGUUGAUUACUUUACCAAAAAGUUACUAGAUAGAAAAAGAAAUAUUAGGAUAUAGGACUUAAUUGACUGAUUGUCAAAAUCUUGAAUAUUCAUCAUGUUUAAAAUAUAUAUAAACCUACAUGUAUAUAGGUUUAUAUGAAUAGUUUCAACCAAGGUUGUUUACAAUUUCAAUACUAGAUCACCCUUAAAAAAUUAUUUAAUUGAUAUAAGU